AUGCACACCAUUGCCGACUUUUGCGUUAUCCCCAUGGGUGUCACCGCCUCGGUGAGCCAGUACAUUGCCGAAUGUCAGCGAGUCAUCGAAAAGAGCGGCCUCACCUAUAGCAUGCACUCCUAUGGAACAAAUGUCGAAGGGGAAUGGGACGAUGUCUGUCGUGUCAUGAGGGAGUGCCACGAAGCGGUUCAUGCCAUGGGAUGCCCACGCGUCUCGACCAGUGUCCGCAUUGGAACUAGAACCGACAAGGUUGGACAGACUAUGCAGGACAAGGUCAAUGUGGUCCACGAGAUCUUGGCCAAGGAUGCGACCAAAUAA